AUUAACUUAAUCCUGGCCCUAUUUGUUAAUACCCUAAUCCCCAUGAUCUUAAUAAUCAUUGCAUUUUGACUACCUCAAACCUAUACGUACUCAGAAAAAGCUAGCCCCUAUGAAUGCGGCUUUGACCCCAUAGGAUCCGCCCGCUUACCUUUCUCACUAAAAUUUUUCCUCGUUGCCAUUACAUUUCUACUCUUCGACCUAGAAAUCGCUCUCCUCCUCCCCCUCCCCUGAGCCUCCCAAACCAACAACCUAACACUAAUACUCACCAUCGCAUUACUCCUCAUUUCAAUUCUAGCAAUGGGCCUAGCAUACGAAUGACUCCAAAAAGGCCUAGAGUGAGUUGAAUA